AUGUAUACAGUGGCUGCCAACAUCAAAGACGAUGCACAGAAACGCGCAGUGUUACUGUAUGUAGCGGGUCCAUCGGUUCACAAAAUAUUCAAAACACUACAAAACACAGGAACGGAUUUCAAAACGGCGCUCGAGAAACUCGACGAAUAUUUCCAGCCUCAAAAGAACGUUAUUUAUGAACGGUAUGUUUUCAAACAAACACACCCAAGUCCAGGUGAGUCGAUAGAUAGUUUUAUCACUCGUUUACGUACGUUGGCCGAGACAUGUGAAUUCGAAAGCACGGACAAUGAAAUACGCGAUCAAUUUGUUAUGACAUGUUCGUCUCACGGUUUUCGUACAAAGCUUUUACGCGAGAAGGAUUUGACAUUAGCAAAACUCAUAACUCUGGCGAGAGCGAAAGAAUUAGCAGAAAAACAAGCCUCCAAUAUCUCGGGACAACACAGCUCUCAAAACGGUGACAAUCGUGUAAACAAAUUGGAAAAUAGAGAGGCUAAAUCGGGAGGCGAACAAGGAAAAUAUGUGCCAAAAUGUCGAAAUUGCGGCAAUGAUUUCAAACGUGGUCACAAAGAGGUUUGUCCAGCCAAGGGCAAGACCUGUCGAGCAUGUGGCAAGCCUAACCAUUUCGCCAAAGUGUGUAGGGGUAAAAAGAAUAUCAGAAACCCUCAUGGGAAAGAUAACAACAAAGAAUUGGAAGAAUCGGUUAAAUUAGCACAACAACAACACCUCAAAGAACACAAUGUGCAAAGCCCAAGUUCGUCAGACGAUGAAUAUACUUUUGCUGUGUCCUCACCAGCAAAAGCGACCAGCACCAAAAUACAAAUAAAUGGGACUCCGAUCGAAGUAACUAUUGAUUCGGGAGCCACAACCAACAUUCUCGAUAGUGUGGCGUUCUCUUGCAUUCAGAAGCGAAAUAAACAUGUACAAUUAGAACCAACUCAAACAAAAAUAUAUGCGUACAAUGCCGUUCAGCCCUUACCGCUGGUAGGAAAGUGUUGUUUCGCAGUUGAGUCAAAUCGCAAGCGUGUAAUAACCACAUUUUAUGUUGUCAAGGGUAAAGCAGGAUCACUACUCGGUAACGAAACGGCUGCGGAGUUAGGUAUUUUAAAAAUAAACGUGAACGAAAUUCGUAAAGUGAGGCAAAGUGAAACAAACACUUCUCGGAUUCAAAGCAAACAAACAACAGGAAGUCAGAGUAAAAUCGAAAGCGGAAGUCCGAGAAACGGAAGUCGCGCGAACAGUCAGAAUACAUUAGGAAAACGCGAAAUUAAUGAGAACAUCAAUACGAGAAACAUUGAUAAAAACACACAGAAAAUUUUGGAUAAAUUUCCGGAGCUCUGUAAUGGUAUCGGGUGUCUAACAGAGUAUGAGCAGUCAUUGCAUGUUGAUCAUACAGUCACUCCAGUUGCACAACGACCUCGGAGAAUCCCAUUCCAUUUACGAAAGCAAGUUUCCAACAAACUUGAUGAGUUACAGAAAAUGGACAUUAUUGAACCAGCAGAAGGACCUACGUCAUGGGUAUCCCCAAUAGUCGCUGCCCCAAAACCACACAACUCAGCCGAAAUCAGAUUGUGUGGUGAUUACCGUCAACCAAAUCAAGCAUUGUUAAGGGAGAGACAUCCAAUCCCUACGGUUGAGGAAUUGAUCGAAGAUAUGUCAGGUGCAGUGGUAUUUUCAAAACUAGAUCUCAAAGCGGGGUAUCACCAAAUUGUCCUGGAAAAGAAUUCGCGCAACUUAACCACUUUUUGUACACACAAGGGACUGUUCCGUUACAAACGUCUGCCGUUUGGUUUGUCGUGUGCUUCGGAAGUAUUCCAGAAUGCAAUACAGCAAGCGCUCCAGGGACUAAAUGGGGUAAGAAAUAUCGCGGACGAUAUUAUAGUCUGGGGAAAGUCUCAAAAAGAGCACGACAAAAAUUUAGAGGCGCUUUUACAACGGCUAGUUGUGAAAAAGCUUACAUUAAAUCUCGAAAAAUGUAAGUUUAAUCAACCAGGUCUCUGGUUCUACGGCUAUAUUCUGUCAAAGGACGGACUCUCGGCUGAUCCCAAGAAAGUCGAGGCAAUCAAGAAUUUCAAAACACCAACAGAUGUGAGUCAGCUUCGUAGUUUUUUGGGCCUUGCCAACUACUGUGCACGGUUCAUCAAGGACUUCUCCACUCUCACCGCUCCACUACGUGAAUUAACAACGAAGUCAGCCAAGUGGUGUUGGUCAAAUGUCCAUGAACAAGCCUUCUCUAAAGUUAAACAAGCUAUUGCUUCGGACUGUACAAUGGCAUUCUAUGAUCCAAAUCGACCUACUACCCUGACUGUCGACGCUAGUCCAGUUGGCCUCGGCGCAGUCUUAUCGCAAACUCAAGUGAACGGUCAGGAACGUUGCAUUGCCUAUGCAAGUCGGUCAUUAAGUCCAGUAGAAACUCGUUACUCGCAGACGGAAAAAGAAGCACUGGCUGCAGUGUGGGGUUGCGAGCGUUUUCACCUGUAUCUCGUGGGUACUCAGUUUGACCUCAUCACCGACCACAAGCCACUCGAGAUUAUUUACAGUCCCAAGUCAAAACCACCUCUUCGAAUAGAAAGAUGGCUCUUACGAUUACAGCAAUACAAGUUCAACAUCAAGUAUCGCCCGGGAAGCGGCAAUCCUGCUGAUGUUUUGUCCAGACAGCCUUUGUUUACAAAUUACAAGUCAAGCACCAUUGCUGAGGAGUACAUAAACUUUGUACAAGAUCACUCCAUUCCGAAGUCGUUAACACUCGAAGAGAUUCGUAUUGCCACUGCGGAAGACCCAGAACUGCAAAACGUUAUUUCAAAGGUAAAAGGUGGACAUUGGAACAAAGCAGAACGCGACAUGACCUCGUAUUAUAACCAACGCGAGCAGUUAGCGUUGUCGGACUGUGAAAUAGUACUCCGAAAUUCCCAGAUCAUUAUUCCAAAAAGUCUCCAGGCUCGAGUGCUCGCUAUUGCACACGAAGGGCACCAGGGAAUAGUUAAGACAAAGAUGCUUCUACGUAGCAAGGUAUGGUGGCCGGGUAUUGAUAAUCAAGUUGAACGACUGGUCAAGCAAUGCUUACCCUGCCAAGCAGCAGUCCACCAAUCACCCAAAUGCCAACCGCCUCUCAAUAUGACGAAAUUACCGCCCCAUCCGUGGCAUACUGUACAUGCAGACUUCUGUGGUCCUUUUCCAAAUGGUGAUAAGUUAUUGGUCGUGAUUGAUGCACACUCCAGAUAUCCAGAAGUCGAGAUAAUGCAAAGUACAACGACCACGGCGGUUAUAACCAGAUUGCAACGAAUUUUUUCAAGGCAUGGGUAUCCGGAAGAGUUUACCUCCGAUAACGGUCCUCCAUUCAACGCAGCGGAGUUCACCAAUUACCUAAAUGAACAUGGAGUUCAUCAUCGCCGAAUUACACCUUACUGGCCCCAAGCCAACGGGGAAGCAGAGCGAUUUAUGAAAACCGUUACAAAAGCAAUCCGCACCGCCCAUUCUGAAGGAAGAAGAUGGCAAGAUGAGCUUGACACGUUUCUUCUCAACUACAGGUCAACUCCUCAUUCAACGACUCACACCAGUCCAGCAGAACUUCUGUUCAAUCGUGUGAUCAGGAAUAAGCUUCCUAGUUUUUCAUCACUCCAACCCAGCGAGGAUAGCGACCAACAACACGUCGUUUGUGAUAAAGAGGAAAAGAGGAAAAUGAAAAUGCAUGCUGACAGAAGAAACAAAGCAAAAGAAAGUCCAUUGAAAGUCGGUGACUAUGUUUUAGUAAAAACUCCAAAGGACAAUAAGUUGUCUCUGCCUUUUCAAUCCGAAACCAUACAAAGUAUAGAAAUCAAAGGUAAUAUGGUAACAGCUCGUAACGCUGAACAAAUGGUAACUCGGAAUGUUUCCUUUUUCAAACGUCUCAUUAAUUAUAAGAAUCCCAUUCUAACUGAUGAUGAAGAUGAUUCUGAUAAUGAUUAUGAGCAACAGGUCCAAGAAUUACCGAUCCAAGAAUUACCACCACGAGAACAAAGAUAUCCUUUGAGACAAAAUCGAAGACCACCGGACUAUUUUAGAUUCAACCGGUGA